UCUCCCUCUCUCUCUCUCUCUCUCUCUCUCUCUCUUUUUUUUUUUCGCUCUUGCUCUCGCGCUACCUCUCCCUCUCCCUCCUCACCAUUCCACAAUUCCAGCUCCGACGCUCCACAGUUUUUCAUCACCAUUCUGCUUCAUGGUGCUGGUCUAGGACGUGCCAGUCGGCCACCAAUCGGUGGAACCGCCUCCACCGAGGAGAGAGGCUUUGCCCGGAGGAAGAUGAAUGAGGAGAAGGACUGAAGUCCAAGGUCUGUCUUUCUGCUCCAGGCAAGAAAGAAGAGGUCUCCUUGACUUGACGUCUCUCCACCUUCAGUCGUUGUCCAUCCGCCCAUCUCUCCUCCGUCUCUCAGGGUCGCUCUCGCUCUGCACUGGCUUUGAUCGCGUGGACCUGCGUAUCAGCAUCCGUCGGAAGCUCUGACCGGAGGGUGUGUGUGUGUGUGUGAGUGUGCUUGUGUGCUUGUGUGCUUGUGUGGGCGCACAGCGAAGUGUUGUGGAUGAGCUGGCCAUCGUUGAGGCGGCUGCAGGGGCUGUGUGUGUCUCUGGACGGAGAGGGCGACGGACGAGAGCUGGUGCCCUAUGCCAGUCUGGCUGCCCAAUGCGGGAACUGGUAUGAGCAUGCACCGGUGCGGAAAGCUAAGUUUGUGGAGAGCCCCCGCAUCCCCGAGUCUGCACUCUGCUACACCACACACAUUGCUCCCGCUGCACGGAACCCCCACCCGGAUACACAUUGGCCCGGGGGGUUAGGUCAGGAGCUGGGCCCCCCUCCCUCCGUGGACGAGGCUGCCAACACGUUGAUGACGAGGCUGGGCUUCCUGCUCGGAGAUAAAGUGAGCGUGGGGCCUCAGGGGCCACAGUACAGCAUGGAGGAGUCCGACGACACGCAGGGUGUGGGUGUGAGCGGCAGGAUGAGUCCGUGCUCCACGCUGACCAGCAGCACAGCGUCUCCUCCGGGCUGCAGCCCCUGCUCCACUCUGCCCCCCGCAGCUCCGGGACAGGCCCUCACCAGCCCCACCUCCACCCUGGAGAGCAGGGACAGUGGAAUAAUUGCCACUCUGACCAGUUACUCUGAGCCGGCGGACCGUAAGCACGGUGACGGCUCUCGGGCCAGCAGUCUGAAGCUGUGGCACUCUCACCGAUCCACGCUGGACUCCAGCCUCUACCGAGUGGACGAGAACAUGGCCGCCUCCACACACAGCCUCAACAAGAUCCCUGAGCCUGGCUCCACCCACCACUCCUCUCAUCCCACCCCCCUCUACCUCAUGCCCCGCCCCAACUCUGUGGCAGCCACCAGUUCAGCUCACCUGGAGGACCUGGCCUUCCUGGAUGAGCAGAGACACACACCCCUGCGCACCUCACUGCGCAUGCCCCGCCAGAACAGCAUAACAGCCGGACGCUCCGGCCAAGACCUCAGAGCUUCUGCUAACGCCCAUGCCUGGCAGUCCCAGUCACUGCGGUUUGCUCCGUACCGUCUGCAGGACAUUGCUCUGAAGCCGCUGCUCUUUGAAGUACCCAGUAUAACGAUGGACUCGGUCUUCACGGGCCGAGACUGGCUGUUUCAGGAGAUCGACGCUCAGCUCGGCAGCACAGACCCAGACACCAACCACGGGGUGGUCCUGGUGGGCAACAUCGGCUUCGGCAAAACCGCCAUCAUCUCUCGACUGGUGGCUCUCAGCUGCCACGGCAACCGCAUGAGACAGAUCGCCUCCGACAGUCCGCAGGCUUCGCCCAAACAUGGAGAUGGUCUCCCACUUACCCAGCCUCAGCCCACCCAUGGAACUCUGGGAGGAGGCAGCUGCCCCGGGACGCCAGAGAUGAGGAGGAGACAAGAGGAAGCCAUGAGGAGGCUAGCAUCUCAGGUGGUGGCGUAUCACUACUGCCAGGCGGAUAACGCGUACACCUGCCUGGUGCCGGAGUUCGUGCACAAUGUGGCGGCGCUGCUGUGCCGCUCACCACAGCUCAGCGCCUACAGAGAACUGCUGCUGAAGGAGCCACACGUCCAGAGCACGCUCAGCCUGCGCUCCUGCGUCCAGGACCCCCUCAAUGCCUUCAGACGAGGGGUCCUCGAGCCGCUAGAUGCACUUUAUAAAGAGAGAAAGAUCACUGAAGAUGAAGACUUCAUUAUCCUCAUAGACGGACUGAAUGAAGCAGAAUUCCACAAGCCUGAUUACGGCGACACCAUCGUCUCGUUCCUCUGUAAAACUAUCAGCCGGUUCCCAGCCUGGCUCAAACUCGUAGUGACUGUCAGAACCUCCCUACAGGAAAUCACCAAGCCGCUCCCGUUCCACCGUAUCUCUUUGGACGCCAUGGAGGAGAACGACGCAAUCGACCAGGACCUGCAGGGCUACAUCCUGCACCGCAUCCACAGCAGCGCUGAGAUCCAGAACAACAUCUCGCUCAACGGCAAGAUGGACAACACCAGCUUCGGCAAGCUGAGCUCCCACCUGAAGGCCCUGAGCCAGGGCUCCUACCUCUACCUGAAGCUGACCUUUGACCUGAUUGAGCGGGGAUACCUGGUGCUAAAGAGCUCCAGCUAUAAGGUGGUUCCCGUCAGCCUGGCCGAGGUGUACCUGCUGCAGUGCAACAUGCGUUUUCCCACCCAGUCGUCCUUUGAGAGAGCCCUGCCCCUGCUGAAUGUGGCCUUGGCCUCUCUGCACCCGCUCACUGACGAGCAGAUCUACCAGGCCAUCAACGCCGGAUCCCUGCGGGGCACGCUGGACUGGGAUGAUUACCAGCAGAGACUGGAGAACCUGUCUGUCUUCCUGGUGAAGAGGCGGGACGGCACACGCAUGUUCGUACACCCCUCCUUCAGAGAGUGGCUAAUUUGGAGGGAAGAAGGAGAGAAGACCAAGUUCCUGUGUGAUCCCAGGAACGGCCACACGCUGCUGGCCUUCUGGUUCUCCAGACAGCAGAACAAACUCAACAGACAGCAGACUAUAGAACUAGGACACCACAUACUCAAAGCACAUAUAUUUAAGGGCCUGAGUAAGAAGGUUGGGGUCUCCUCAUCCAUCCUGCAGGGGCUGUGGGUGUCCUACAGCACUGAGAGUUUAUCAACUGCUCUGUCCUCCCUCAGAAACCUCUACACUCCCAACAUUAAGGUGUCCAGGCUGCUGAUGAUGGGCGGGGCGAAUGUGAACUACCGUACGGAGGUGCUGAAUAACGCUCCGGUGCUGUGUGUGCACGCUCACCUGGGCUACAUGGACAUGCUGAACCUGCUGCUGGAGUUCGGGGCCAGUGUGGACUCCCUGUCCGAGAGCGGAAUGACCCCGCUGGCCUACGCUGCUGCUGCCGGACACCUGAGCAUAGUGACCAUGCUCUGCAAAAAGAGGGCCAAGCUGGAUCACUUGGACAGGAACGGUCAGUGCGCUCUGGUGCACGCAGCUCUGCGGGGACACAUGGAGGUGGUGAAGUUCCUGCUGCAGAGUGACUGGGGGGCUGGGGCGCAGCAGCUGCAGACGCCCUCACCCACGCAGCCGCAGUCGCAGCCCUCCAGCCCGGAGCAGGCGCAGACGGACACGGAGCCGGAGCAGAGCCCGGAGGAGGAGGAAAGGGAGGCUGAGGAAAGCCCGGAGCAGCCUGAGCCCAAGGACGAGUCCCAGCAGAACCUCCAGCAGCCUCAGCCUGCACAACCUCAUCCUCAAACCCCACCUCAACCUCAGACUCCACCCCAGACUCAGACUCAGUCUCCACAGGCCUCCUUCAAUAAGAGCCUCGCAGUGCAGCAGGCCCUGGUAGCAGCAGCCAGUAUGGGCUUCAUAGAGAUUGUGUCCUACCUGCUAGACCUACCUGAGAAGGACGAAGAGGAGACUGAACGUGCUCAGAUUAAUAACUAUGACUCUCUGUGGGGGGAGACAGCGCUGACCGCAGCAGCAGGGCGGGGGAAGCUGGACGUUUGCAGGCUGCUGUUGGAGCAGGGCUCUGCUGUGGCUCAACCAAACCGCCGGGGACUGGUGCCUCUCUUCAGUGCUGUUCGUCAGGGACACUGGAAGAUUGUGGAUUUGUUGCUGACUCAUGGGGCAGACGUAAACCAGGCAGAUAAGCAGGGUCGGACCCCUCUCAUGAUGGCUGCUUCAGAGGGUCAUGUAGAGACAGUGGAGUACCUUUUGGCUCAAGGUGCAUCAAUGCCUCUAAUGGAUAAGGAGGGGCUCACUGCUUUAAGCUGGGCGUGUCUAAAAGGGCACUUGCCUGUUGUCCGCUCUCUGGUGGAGAGGGGCGCGGCCACUGACCACGCUGACAAGAAUGGACGCACACCCCUUGACCUGGCAGCCUUUUAUGGAGAUGCUGAUGUAGUGCAGUUCCUGGUGGAUCAGGGGGCGCUGAUUGAGCACGUGGACUACAGUGGGAUGCGGCCAUUGGACCGGGCUGUGGGCUGCAGGAACACUUCCGUGGUGGUGGCCCUCCUUAAGAAAGGAGCUAAGAUCGGAUGUCAGACGUUGCCGAGUCGGCACAGAGGAGGUCCAGCAACGUGGGCGAUGGCGACCUCCAAACCAGACAUCAUGAUCAUCCUGCUGAGAAAACUCAUCGAGGAGGGGGACGGUUUCUAUAAGAAAGGGAAAGUGAAGGAGGCCGCCCAGCGUUAUCAGUACGCUUUGAAGAAGUUCCCGCGUGAAGGCUUCAGUGAAGACUUAAAGACCUUCCGAGAACUCAAAGUAUCUCUGUUCCUCAACCUGUCUCGCUGCCGUCGGAAAACGAACGACUUUGGGAUGGCGGAAGAGUUUGCUACCAAAGCUCUAGAGCUGAAACCCAAAUCGUACGAGGCUUACUACGCUAGAGCCCGUGCUAAACGCAGCAGCAGGCAGUUUGCUGAAGCUCAAGAGGACCUCAGGGAAGCCAUAAAGUUGUGUCCCAAUAACCGAGAGAUCGUGCGGCUCCUGCAGCGUGUCGAGGAAGAGUGCCGGCAAGUCACCCAGACAGAAGAGCCGGAGCUCGAGCCCCCACCGUCCCCUCCUCCUUCUCCUUUACCUGUGGAAGAGGACGAGGAGCCCCCUCGUCACACCCCUCCCCCGGAACCACGGCUGGAUGACAUGGAACCAGUUCAGGAUCUGUUCGAGGACGACAACUUCCUAGAACAGGAGCUGGAGGGAGUGUCCAUUGGCCUUCCCCCAGAACCACGUGUUAACCCAUCGAGCCUGCCUAUCAUACACAGCCCUCCCCUCUCUCCUGUCCCUCACGAGGCUGCCUACCUAACAGGAGGCCAGGAAUUUGAUUUCCACCCCAGCUCAACCUCAAUGUCAUCCCCAACUCAUCAGAGCUACCAGUCCACCUCACCAUGCAUCUCACCUACACACCAGAACUCCUAUUACUGCCACAGUCCUCCACACACCUCUCCAGCCCACCAGGCCUCCUACCGCUUCAGCCCUCCUCCUAUGGGUGGUGGGGGUCAGGGGAUGGAUUACCAGAGUCCACCACCUUCCCCUCUUCGGCGUGGAACCCCAUACAGAGCCAGCCCACCCAUGGAGAGCGUAUGUCUCUACCGUUCCCAGUCGGGGUCUCCAGUGCGCUACCAGCAGGAGCCUUUGCCCAGCCGCCCCAAGUCACCCCUGUCCAAGAUGAGCAGUCAGCGCUCCUUUCAGCUCCAGUCCCAGCCAUCCCAAUGUUCACAGUCCUCUCAGCACCAUCAGGCUCAGGGGCACCGGCUGCAGCCCUCUGUGGCUCAGAUUGUGCGCACCAGCCAGCCUGGGACCGGAGUCUACGGCCAGCUGGCCCACCCACUCAGCAGCAGAUACCAAGGCAGCUCCAUGGAUGUUGACCGGGAGAGGGAGCGUGAAGCCCGGCUGGUGUACCAGCCUUCCCUGGAUGGAAGGUCCAUGUCUCAGGUGCAGUCAAGCCUGAGUGUGGGUGCCCUUUGCCAACACGACAGGCGUGGAGGACCCGGUGGAGUCCUUGAGUCAAGUGUGGGAAAAGACGAAGCCCCUCAACGUCCAGCUUCAGCUUACCGCUCUACGACUGGCGGCCCAGGAGGCAUGCGCUUCAGUCAGACACCCCAGAUAAGCCGCAGCCAGUCGGCGGCUUACUACCCAGUCUCCAAACAUGAGCUGGAGAGAGCUGUGGCAGCAUCCUCUAUGCCCCCAUGUCAGCUAGGCUCACCUGAGAUUCCACACCUGGUGCGUAGGCCCAUCAGUGCCAACACAGGAGAUCUGAAGCAGCACGUGCCCACCCCUAGACCCCUCAUCCACUCUCAGAGCGUGGGUCUGCGUUUCUCUCCCUCCAGCAGCAACAUCUCCUCAGGCUCCAGCUCUAACUUAGGUCCCGGCUUCAGGCCAUCCUCCUCCAUGGCCCAGAUGGAGAUUCCGCUGCAGGUGGCGUACGAGCGCAGCUUUGACGAGCCGUCCUCGCUCUCACCCUCGCAGGGUGGCCUGUACCCCAGCGAGCCUGCCCGCUCCAGGACCACACCCUUCAUGGGCAUCAUCGACAAGACGGCACGGACUCAGCAGCAGUACCUGCACCAGCCAUCGCGUGCCUGGCCUGUGACGCCCCUGGACAAUGUCAUCACCAGCCCCACGUCACCCGGGAACCUGAUACACCAGGCAUCCACCGCUUCUUCCUACAGCCCGCCCACCUCGCUAGGCAACAUCGCCUACUACAACAAGACCAACAAUGCACAAAAUGGCCACAUGCUGGAGGAUGAGUACUACGUCCAGCCGCAGCCCUCCUCUCUGGGGAAGCUGGCUAACGGAGGAGCCCGUGACCGGGAUCUGUUAGAGCGGGUUAGCCAGGUGCCCACGUACCAGGAUGUGAAGGUGGCACGGACGAUGCCUGUUGCACAAGCGUACCAGGAAAACAUGUACCGCCAGCUCUCGCGCGAUGCCCGGCAAGGCCCCACCUCGCCCAUCAAACCAAAGAGACCUUUUGUGGAGUCAAAUGUGUAACUAGGCCAGUGCGGCGUGAAAAGAGUGUGUGAGGAAGAGAGUGAGUGAAUGAGUAAAUGAGUAUAAGUUGGCGUGUUGUUGUGACCUGGUGGGUUAAGGUAAAAACAGGCAAUUAAAACAAGUCAGUAUUUAAAACUCUACCAAACCAGGGAGGGUAACGUUGAUGCAUUGCAGCUUCGUAGAGGAUAUCGCUAAUACAGCUCUGAUCUGUGCCUAUUUCAGAUAUAUUUGGGGCAUAAGCUUGUUUUAGUAUUGAGGUUACAUUUUAGCACUAGAGCGAAUGACUGGGAUUUUACAAUUCCUUGAAUAUGAUACUAACUACUGAAUGUUCUUUACAGCUCUGCACAUUAUGUGAAAGCACAUUACUGAACCUUCCAUGAAUCAAAGCCACAAGCACUCGCACGCACAGAUUGAGGAAGUGUGUGUGUGUUGCAGUUCUUACCCAGUGUGAAUGAGUGAGAGAGAGAGAGAGAGAGAGAGAGAGAGAAAGAGAGUGUCUAAAGUGGACAGGACUGCACGAGUCAGGGACUCUUUGUGAAUCUGCGUGCGCUCAACUCCUUCCCUCGCUCCGCUAGUUGAUUCAGAACAGGACUGCUAGACCUUCCACGCUAAAAAGCGCCGGAUUACUCAACGCUUAUGUCUUAUAAAGGAGACAACCUCGUAAACAGUCAGAAAUAACUAAACCACUAAGCUGUAGUUGCAGAAGGAAAACAAAGGAAUAUUUAUAACAGAGGUAGAUUAUGUAUAGAAAUAUCAAAAUAUGAACAGUUUCUGUGUUUGUUUUAUUUUGGGUUGUCUUUAUUUUUGUAUCUUUUUUUUUUUUUUGAGAAAUGGUACCUAAUAUUUUGGGUAAAUGCAGAUUCAAAGUUUAUGGAUUUAGAGAGGGGAAUGUACAAUCCUUUCCUCAUCCAGGUUGAGCCUUGAUUUACACAUGAAUAUCUUACGAUUAACAUUUAAAGUGUUUUAGUACUAGAUAAAUCAGUUUGAAUGUUUGAGUUUCAGUGUGAACUGAAGUGAUCUUUCUGAACUGGAAAAUGAACAGUUUAAGAGGUGUCUAAAUAAUUAUCUCUAAAUGUGAGGAGUUAUCUCACUGGGUCAAAAGGUUGUACAUGCCUCCCUCCUCAACGCUUCAGGGGAGUAAAAGAUAGUAGUUAAAAAUAGUACAAGUUUUUUUUUUUUUUUUUCUAACAGUUACUGUAUUGUUCUCAGAUAUGAAAAGCAUUAGUAUAUUUAGCUACAGUAUUUGUUUUAACUUUUAAACCUUUUAAGUAACAUUCUGAAUUCCUUUUUUUGCUGCACUGUCUGCCUGUGAAAGUUCUGAAGAAAGAGAGCACUUUAUUAAUUUCAUGCUGAUGAUUGUGAAUCAUUUUUUGGGUGGGGUGGGAUUGAUGUGGGUAUACAAUGAAAACACUAACAUACAGUAAACACUGGAAAAUUAUUUGUGAAUUAGGUGUCCUACUAGAAAAAAAAAAAACUAAAUAGCAGUUCUUGUGGUGCAAUUCUGAUUUUUUUUCUUUUUUUCUGAGCAAAUGAAUAAGCAGUAAUUUAAAAAGAGCGAAACUAUGUUUUUAAAAAGAUAUGAAAACGUGUAUAUAAUAGCCUUUAUAGAGCGCAUUGUAUUUGCUGUACAUACUAGCCAAAUGUGUUUAUGCAUAUGAAUGAAUUCAUAACCCUCUUAUAACUAAUUCUUCAGUGUUCCAGGGUUAAAGCUACUGACCUGAAAGAAAGACAGAACUGCAGAACAGCAGCUUGAGACAGAGCACAGGUGACCAGGGUUCAGUAGCACCUUUACACUCCUGAAAAAGACAGAUUGGAAGGAGGAAGUGUAUUACUGUAUUACUCAUUAUUUCCAUAAAGAGACAGAGCUCUGCAGUGGAACGCAAUACAGCCAAUCUUCAGUGUUCAAACGGUUGAAUCCUUGGUCAGGUGUUCAGUAAUAGAUUAUAUAGACAGUCGAGGUAUUUCUGCUGAUAUCCCGAACCCUAAUUUUAAAGACUCGCCAGAAUCAAGAGGUGCCUAACUGUUCGUUUGGGGAGAGGAAGAGAUAUUUAGAAUCAAGGGAACAGACUCUUACCGCUGGUCUCUUAAGACAGGAGAGUUUUUGCAGUGUAGAUUAUUUUGCUGUAAAUACAGAUGCAUGUUUUCUCCACCCGUGAGCUGACGCGUGCAGGCCGCCGUGAUCUUUAUCUGAAGUGAGAGGACGAAUGAAGUCAGUGCCCAAAUAAUUCAUUCCACCCUCUCUCACCGCUCCAAACAUUAAUCAACAAACACUGCUGACCUCUGAAGGGUUGAACCGUCUGUUUUCCUUUCUUUUUAUUUCUGCCUUUGAGUUCAUUUUAAUGUACUUGCUUGCUGAGCUGAGUUCUCUUGUCUGUAAAUGUGAGCUUUCAGAGCGCUGUGACAAAGUUCAAUGACGACAAUAAAACAGAAUGUGUUUUUAUCAUA